AUUGAUCUUUGUAGCUGAAGAGUUAAUAUCUGUGUUUUGAUUACAAAUCAAACGCUGAAAUAAUCAAAUAUCUUAACUCUAAACAUCUAUGAUCUAUCCUAUGCCGCCUAUGGCUAUGACUAUAACAUUACUAUAAGAUGGGCUCGAAAACUGAACAGAGAGAACUAAAUAACAAUAAAAAUUUCACAGAACAGAAAGAUGACAGCAAACAAAAUAGUUGUGAAGCAUCAGCCAUUUCUUCUUCUACACAGGCCACAAGUAAUGAAAGUGACACAACAGUUACAGAUUGCAAAAUAUACAAGCCUAAACCUCGUCUAGAUGACAGCAGUGCCACUCAAACGGAUGAUGUGAUGACAAAACUGUCACGGAUCAAUGGGGCCAUCAAUAGAAUGACAAAAGAACAACUUCAGACAAAAUUAGCAGAAUUCAGGCUUAAUACAUGUGGUGUCAAAGAUGUCUUGAAAAAACGUUUAAAAAACCACUACAAACGUCAAAAAUUUGCUCAGUGUAAUAGAAUGCUAUCUGAAGAUGAGAUAAUGAAGUUUGACUUUCUGGUGGUGAUCGACUAUGAGGCAACUUGCAGCGAAAACAAUGAGAACUUUGUACAUGAGAUUAUUGAAUUCCCAGCUGUGCUGGUGGAUACUAGGACUAAGUCUAUAAGCAACACAUUUCAAAAAUUCUGCAAGCCUAAAAAAAAUCCAAAGUUAACAGACUUUUGUACAAAACUUACUGGAAUUACACAGCAACAAGUAGACAAAGCCAAAGACUUUGCUGAGGUCUUCAAAGAAUUUGAAGAGUGGAUGGCAAUACAUAGGCUGGGAACCGACUUUCAGUUUGCUAUUCUCACUGAUGGUCCCUGGGACAUGUCCAGAUUCCUAAAAACCCAGACAGAGUUGAGCAGCAUCCCAUUUCCACCCUGGGCUAAGCAUUGGAUAAACCUGCGUAAAGCUUACACUGCUUUCUACAGCUGCGGCCGCGUGAAUCUACAUCAGAUGCUGGAUGAGCUUGGCAUGAAGUUUGAGGGCAGACCUCACUGUGGCUUAGACGAUGCUCGCAACAUUGCAGCCAUCGCAAUCAAACUGUUACAAGAUGGAUGUGUCAUGAGAAUCAAUGAACACUACCAUGACGGACAAAUUAGUCCCAGGAAAAGCCUGUCCAAAUCUAGCCGCUCCACUAAAUCACAGCCAUGUCAAAAAAGUAAAAGCAGUGAGACAGCCCCGAUAGAACAGGAAGGAGAGAAUAUUGAAGAGCUUCUAGAAUACAUUAGAAUACAAAAGUCUUAGUUCAGAGAAGAAGGUUUAGAAAAAGAGUAUAUAUUAUAUUCUAAGUGUGACACAUAAUGUAGAAAUAGACGAAAGUAAAAAAAAACAAAAUAUAAUAUUCAGUGUUUGUAAAUUUAUAACAUUAUAAUGAGUUUUAUCAUUGCACCUUACAUAUGGAAAAAAAAAAUUAUUUGUGAUUUUUAAUAUUUUUAUAUCCAUAUGUCCUAAUGAAAUUUGAAAAUGAACAUGUUUACCUUAAUAACACUA